CAGAAAUAGAUACGGAAAUGUACAAUAAAUCAUCCCAAGUAUGAUUAUUUUCUUUACCGGUCAAGUAGUGACCAAACGACAACUGAUUCAUUGUCACUCCACCCUGACGACAAUAACAAGUUCCCUUCGCAGUUAAUGUGGCAGCAGAUAUGAUCUAUACGGGUUGCCGUAGUCAUGAAAGGCUGUGGCGCUCCUCCUCAAUGAACGUUGGAAAGAUGGCGACAGCAUACGCACAAGCGAGAGUCUACCGUGCCGGCGGAUAGAAAGUGAUUUAAAGAGACCAAUAUCCACCUUCAGUGCAACGAUUGGUCGGUGCAAAUUGUGUCAGAUACUAAUUAGAGAUGGUGUAGUCCAUGCACGGGUAGCAGCAAGAAGCCGCUUGUUUGCUAUGGAGCCUCCGGAUCGCAACAAAUGGAGCAGGCAGGCCAAGCCAGCAGAAGAUGCGUUGCGACAGAACUCUGAGGUUGAUGACUCCUCUGACUUUCCCAGCGAGGAAGACGAGAGUCUUUAUGGCACAUCUCCUCCUUAUACCCAACGUCAGAUAAAACGCAUGUUUGGCAAACAAAAGAGUAGCCAGUCCAGGGGUGCUGGACGCUCUCCAAACAAGGCAGAUGUUAGCCCAUCUGUCCAGACAGAGAGUCCCAAGUUAGCCGAGAACACUGAGGAGAUCAGCUACAAGCAGGGCAAAAAGCAGAGGGCCGCACUCCGCUCUACAGAGAGAGAUAGCAAGAAGACCUUUGAAGGUUCUUUCAUGCUAGAUCCAAAGUCGAGCCAUUUGGGUUCCCUGAGCAUGGAUCCAAGAAAACAUUACUUGAGCCUGGGCUGCAGCAGUUGCAAGCUGCCUGUGACCAUGCCCCACAUGGCGCGAACCCACCGACAGACCUCCAGGACAGACUGCCCCGCCGACCGCCUCAAGUUCUUUGAAACUCUGCGCCUGCUGCUCAAGCUCACAUCUAUGUCCUCUAAGAGGAAGGAGAAGGAGCAAAGGGGCUUGGAGAACAUGGCAUUCAUGGGCCACAACAAUGAGGUCAUUUGGUUGGAGCUGCAGGCAUGGCACGAAAGGCGUUCCACUAGUGACCAGGAUCUUUUUCUUUUCACCGAACGCAAAGCUAUCCCUGAAAUUAUCAACAAAGUGCUGCACUUUAAGGUCAACUAUAACAGCCUAAAAGGAGCCCAGUGUUCAGAGUCUCAAACAAUCCAGGAACGUUGUCAGACUGAGGAGAAAUCAUUUGCUUUAGCAGAGACCAACCACUGUGGAGUAGACACCUGGGGUUUUAGUGCCUGCCCCUCGUCAGCAAUGAACGCAGCCGAGCCUUUAGGAUCCGGUGCUGAUUGCAGGGAACACCUCCAGCGCCAGCGGCUGGCUUUUGAGCAGGUCAAAAAGGUUAUGGAACUCUUGGAGUCUGUUGAAUCGUUGUAUCCCUCGUUGCAGGCUCUACAGAAGGACUAUGAGAAGUACGCAGCUCGAGAUUUCCAAGGCAGGGUGCAGGCGCUCUGUCUGUGGCUCAAUAUCACCCAGGACCUCAACCAGAAGCUGCGAGUUAUGGCCACCGUGUUGGGCCUCCACGAUCUAUCGCGUAUUGGGUGGCCCGUCUUCGAGAUACCCUCACCUCGCUGCUCCCGUGGAAAUGAAGAAGAUAAUGAGGAAGACGAGGAGAAUGACUCAACGGCCACUUUUACUGCUGAAAGUGAUGUUGAGGACAGAGAUGCUGAGGUGGAGGGGGACAUUGAACAUCUAGCAGAGGAAGAGUUGUCUCCCAUCCUGACACCUAAAUUCGCCCGACUCCUGUCGGAGGAGGAGUUUCUCCCAGCUGCUACUUCUGGAAGCGUAGAAGCAGGUGCUGGAGGUGAAGUGUUUUGUCCCACAGCUAUUUACAGACCAUUUGUGGAUAAAGCUCUGAAACAGAUGGGACUGCGUAAACUAAUACUUCGACUGCACAAACUGAUGGACCGCUCUCUUCAGAGGGCAAGAGCAGCGCUGCUCCGACACACUCCUGCACUGGAGUUUGCAGACCUCCCAGACCCCAUGCUGUACAGCGAUUACCUACCGGAGCUGUCCCGCCACGUAUCCUGCAACAGUGCGAAUGAUCCGGAGCACGGAGCUGACCAGGUCUCCUGGGAGGACCUGCGGGACAUGGAUCUCCCGUCCUUCCGACCGGCGUUCCUCGUGCUGUGCAGAGUCCUCCUUAAUGUUAUUCACGAAUGCCUUAAACUGCGACUUGAACAGAGGCCUGCUGGAGACCCCUCAUUGCUCAGUAUCAAGCAGCUGGUGCGAGAGUGUAAGGAGGUUCUCAAAGGAGGCCUUCUGAUGAAGCAGUAUUAUCAGUUUAUGCUGCGAGGAGUGGUGAAUGAUGCUCAAGGCCUGCAGACAAAUGCCAAUAUAGAUGACUUUGAAGAAGAUCUACACAAGAUGCUCGUGGUUUAUUUUGAAUAUAUGCGUAGUUGGAUCAGGAUGUUGCAGCAGCUGCCUCAGGCCUCUCACAGCUUAAAGAACCUGUUAGAGGAGGAAUGGCAAUUCACAAAGGUUAUCACUCCUUACAUCCGUGGAGGGGAGGCACAGUGUGGGGAACUUUUCUGCAACAUUGCCGGUAUGCUGCUGGAAUCCACUGGAGAGUUUCUUGAUGCUGGUUUGCAGAAAAGUGGGAAUGAAUUCUGGGAAAGUGCAGAUGACAGCACGGCCUCAGAUGAGAUCAGGCGCUCAGUUAUUGAAACCAGUCGUUCUUUAAAGGAGCUGUUCCAUGAGGCCAGGGAACGUGCGUCCAAGGCCCUGGGCUUUGCCAAAAUGCUCCGCAAGGAUUUGGAGGUUGCAGCAGAUUUUAGCAUCACCAGUGGGGUGCCUUGUCUCCUGGAGGUACUGAAAAUGAAAAACUAUGUCAAGGUUCAGAUACCAGGCUUGGAGGAGCUCCAGGUUUUUGUGCCUUGUGGCUUGAAGGAUCAGCGGCCUCUCAUCCUGCAGCUUCUUAACGCUGCCGCUGGCAAAGACUGCUCCAAGGAACCUGACGAAAUGGCUGAGGAUGAUGCCUACCUGCUCAUGAGCAAACACAGGGCGGGGGACUCCACUACAGAUUCUGAGUGGGCUCACUGGGCCGGUGAGCUCCUCAAACUGGUCCCACAGAUGGAAACCGUCGACACACUAAGAGCUAUGAAGGUUGAGAAUUUGCUCUUGAUUGUGAUGCAGUCAGCUCACCUGGUGGCCCAGCGAAAGGCUUUCCAGCAGUCCAUGGAGGAUGUGCUCACCCUCAGCCGGGAGCAAACAUCCAGCCAGCCUCUCAUUGCCAGCGCUCUGGAAGAUCUCAAGCUGUUAUAUUCUACCCCAGAUUUCCAUUCUAUAUCAGUAAAACCAGACGAGUACCAGCCUCACUCAAGCUUAUUUAUAGAGAACAAAGCCCUGCAGCUAUGCAUUAAAAUAAGCACAGCCAUCAACAGAGUGGAGUACAUGUUCACCACAGAGUUUGAAGCAGAGGUGGAGGAAUCCGAGUCAGCCACUCUGCAUCAGUAUUACAGGGAAGCGAUGAUACAGGGCUACAAUUUUGCCUUUGAGUACCACAAGGAGGUGGUCCGUCUGAUGUCAGGAGAGUUCCGACAGAGAAUUGGUGAACGCUAUAUAGAUUUUGCACGCAAGUGGAUGACCUACGUUCUGACCAAAUGUGAGAGUGGAAGGGGCACCAAGCCAAGGUGGGCGACUCAGGGAUUUGACUUUCUUCAGGCGAUUGAACCAGGUUUCAUAUCUGCAUUACCAGAGGAUGACUUCCUGAACUUGCAAGCUUUGAUGAAUGAAUGUAUUGGACAUGUGAUUGGAAAGCCUCAGAGCCCCGUUACUGGCCUGUACAUUGCACCCAGGAAUAGUCCUCGGCCUGUGAAGGUCCCUGCUCCUGUCCGCUGCCACAGUGACCCACCAAACCCCAAUUUGUUUAUCCCUAAUGCAGAAGGCUUGAGCUCUCGAAGCCUUCCCUGCGAUCUUCGGAACCAGCUGUUCCCCGACGGCCCUCGGCCCAUCCCUCAGGGCCCAGGGGAACACAGCCCCAUGAAACCCAGCAGCAGCCCCAGUGAUGUCAGGGUAUCCGGUUUCCACGAGAAUGAUCGUCUUUCAACAGUUGCAGCAGAAUUAAAUUUCAAAUCACUGAGCCGCCACUCGAGCCCUACUGAGGACAAAGAAGAACCUGCAUAUCCAAAGGCCGAUCCAAACAGCUCUGCACGCAGAAGCUGGGAGCUCCGCACCUUAAUUAACCAAUCCAAAGACAUGACAGCCCGGCAGAGCCCAAUGGAGGCCGUCCGUCAUUCCAUUCGAAAGUUCGAAGAGAAGCACUACGCCAUGAUGAAGCAGCGGAACAUAAUCGGUCAAGUGUGUCACACGCCAAAGUCAGACGGCAUGUACGUUGGGCUCCGGAAGGUGACUUUCAAGUGGCAGAGAGGCAACAAGAUAGGAGAAGGUCAGUAUGGAAAAGUGUAUACCUGCAUCAACGUGGACACUGGAGAGCUAAUGGCCAUGAAGGAGAUACGGUUCCAGCCAAAUGAUCACAAAACCAUCAAGGAGACUGCUGAUGAGCUGAAAAUAUUUGAAGGCAUCAAACACCCAAACCUUGUGCGAUACUUUGGAGUCGAGCUCCAUCGAGAGGAGAUGUACAUCUUUAUGGAGUACUGUGAUGAAGGCACUCUGGAAGAAGUUUCCCGACUGGGGCUCCAGGAACACGUGAUCAGGCUUUACAGUAAACAGAUCACUACAGCCAUAAAUGUUCUCCAUGAGCAUGGCAUUGUUCACCGUGAUAUCAAAGGAGCAAAUACUUUCCUCACAUCAUCGGGCUUGAUUAAGCUGGGCGACUUUGGCUGCUCAGUCAAGUUAAGGAACAACACUCAUACCAUGCCAGGGGAGGUGAACAGCACCCUGGGAACAGCAGCAUACAUGGCGCCUGAAGUUAUCACAAGAGCAAAGGGGGAAGGUCAUGGGCGAGCAGCAGAUAUCUGGAGUUUGGGCUGCGUUCUGAUUGAGAUGGUGACUGGAAAGAGGCCCUGGCAUGAAUACGAGCACAACUUCCAGAUCAUGUACAAAGUGGGCAUGGGCCACAAGCCCCCGAUCCCCGAGAAGCUGAGCACAGAAGGGAAGGACUUCCUGGGCCACUGCCUGGAGAGCGAGCCCAAAUGCCGCUGGACUGCCAGCAUGCUUCUCGACCACCCAUUUGUCAAGGUUUGCACAGAUGAAGAGUGAACGAUGCCUCAUCUUUGGCUUUUCUCGUUUACAAAGUAAAGCACUACUGUACAUCCUGUUGGCAAAAGAAAGACAUACUGUGGACACAAGAGGGAGUCGUGGCUCAAGGCACAUCAAUUUAAACUGAGGAAUGAACACAUUAUCAUUUCAGAGGACAACUGGAUCUAUGAAUUAAAUAAUUGUCUUUAUGCAGCCAUGGUUUGGAGUGAUACUGUACAUACUGUAAGAAUAGGAUUGGCCUUAAUUCAUGUAUAAAAAUGUAAAGUUAAUUAUUGCCACAUUUCUUUCACUGGUGAAAACACCUAAAAAGGCAAUGAGGAAUACCUUUUUUUUUAAUUGGAUGUGGAGGAUGGGGGAGUAUCUAUAGCACUUUUAACUGUUUCUCCAAGGGGACAGCUUAGUAGAAAAGGAGGGAUCCUAAGUCAGUCACUAUAAAGUCAAAAAAAAAUGUGGCUACCCUCUGUGAACGGAAGAAGGCAAUAGUUUCCCUUUUAUUAAAUGAAUGCCAUCCAAAUAUUUAAAUAUUUUUAUGACUUAUUCUGAAAGUGUGGGCAAUAAGAAGGAUUAUUUUGUGUGUUUUUUGUUGCCUUUUGCCGAGGAGAAGUUGUCAAGUUGGAGCAAUGUUCAAGUCUACUGGUCACUGGUGAUGAGCUACCCAUGUGACUGGGAUGUAGCCAACUCAGAGGAGAAAACAAGGAACGGUUAUUCCUCCCUGCUGCUGAACACCACACACACACACACACACACACACACCAUUGACAUACACCAAUACUUGUGUUCCUCUGCUGCUCCUACAAUGUUUGCUAUGUACAAACAAUAUUAAUAAACCAAUUAUUAUUGUU